AUGGUAUCUAAAAAAAUUCUGAUCGAUGGAAAAAAAGUACCGAGUAUAUUUACACAAUCAAAAGGAACAAUUAAAGAUUUAGAAACAAAUAAUAAAUAUAAAUUUCGUAUUAAAGCUGAAAAUAUUUAUGGUAUUGGUGAACCAUUAGAAACAACAUCUAGUAUUACUGUUAAACCAUCUUAUGAUGCAUCUGAUGCACCUGAUACUCUCAAAAUAACAGAAUAUAAUGCCACAUAUAUUAAACUUAAAUGA